UGGAAGGUUGUGAUUUCUGCAGGAUAAUGGCGUGGAUUAGGAAAACUUUCUGCAUGGUUGACUUUGUGUAAUAUUUUUGUGUAACAGUAGACAAUAUUUAACACUUUUACAGCUGUACUUUGAACCGAAUCAUCCCAUCGAAGUAUGAGGCUUUAUAUGGGCUUUGAGAGUCAAGCCUUUGUGCUGCUUUUGUGUUUUAUUAACCAGUCUAGAAGUUGAGCUGAUUCACGGUGUUGCUGCGCUUCUUCAUUGUUUCGUGUGUGCUCUUCUCCGUGAAGGAUCAACCUGUGCAAGUUCACUAACUUACUUUCAUCAUGCAGCUGGUGAUCCGCCGGUACCGUCCUGCAGACAAGGACACAGUGCUCACCCUCUUCAGCAUUGGCAUCUUGGAGCAUAUCCGUCCAUGUUUCUAUAACGCCAUGACCAGUCCCCUUUACCUCACCAUCACCCCGACUCUGUGUGUUGUUGGUUAUCUCCUUGGCUCUGUGUUUGGAGCUGUACUGUUCCCAGCAGCUUGGGUAGGUCUCAUCUACUACUGCUGUCAUGAAGUAUAUGCCAGCUUCGUCAGGGUGAGACUUCGCACCGACAUGCAGGACAUCCCUGGGAACUACCUCAGCAGACCUGAUGACUGUUUCUGGGUGGCUGAGGCCGAGGUUGGAGCGAGAGCCCAGGUUGUUGGUAUGGUGGCUGUGGUAGCUAAACACAGUGGGACAGAAAAGUAUGGGGAAAUGUUCAGAAUGAUUAUUUCCCCACAGUAUAGACGGAUGGGCCUCGGCUUUAGGUUGACUCAGACCGCGGUUGACUUCUGUAAAGAACGGGGCUUCUCCAAGGUGGUGCUGGAGACUAGCUCCACCCAAAUGGCAGCCGUGGUUCUGUACAGCAAAGUGGGGUUUAACCGUGUCCAGUCUCAUAUCAAAGCACAGGCAGCUCAUUGGAUCAUUUCAGUGGCCAGGGUCACGAUUGUAAGAAUGGAAAAAUAUUUGUAAAUCAAAAAUAACACUCAUCAGCAAUGUAUUGUUUUCAUGCUUUGCUCCUCUUUAACAGUGGUUUAAUAUUUGGCAAUGGUUAAACUUGACUGUAAUCAAAACCCCCUUGUUUAGGUGUAACUUAGAAAAAAAGUAUGCAGCAAGAUGUUAUUACUAAAACCGUCUGGUUUCCUCUUUAUAGAGCACUAUGUAUAUUCUCUGGCUACACCUGAAGCCCUAAAAAAUGUCUGUUAACAACAUAAGCACAAUUAGCAGCUCCACUCCUGUGAACCAAGAUUCACCAACAGUUAAUCCUUACAUUGUGUACUUUUCAGUGAUGAUUAGAAUAAUUUAAUGUAAUCAGUUGUACUGACCACUUUCAGCUGUAUUCAUUUAAAAAAGAAAGGAAAAAAAAUGUUUCACAAUCUCUGUGUUCAUUCAUCAUCCUCGUUAUGUGAGAAGGAAGGUCUGAUGUAUAAUGUCUGAAUUAUUUUCUACUAAAUGCCAAGAUUUGGAGAAACGUUUUAAAAUGUCAUAACUGAGAUACAGUACACACAACAUAUUGUAAGCACAUAAUACAAAGUAUGUAAAAAUGUUGUAUGUCGUAAUAAUAUUAAUAAUAAAAACAACUUUUAAAAGGUAAAUGUAGAGAAUUUAUAUGCAUUAGAGUGGACUUAAAA